AUGGCUAUACUGCCACUUCCACUUAUUGAUGCUGAUACCGAUAGCUGGAUCAGUGAUUGGAGAUAUGCUGUAGAAUCGCUGAAUAAUAUCUUGACAUUGUCGGAACCAGCCCUAAUGAACAGAUUGUCUUGUGAUCAGCAAAUUUCAGAACUUGUUGACAACUUCUUUGAUAUUUUCCCAAAAAAUUGGCGAGAAAAUGAGGCGCCAAGUAUAACACUGAAUAGAAGUCUGCAGUUGAAUCGUGGAGAAGAAAUUCGUGCGAUAAUUGUUGAAAUGUACACAAAAAUUUUGAUGCUUUACCUGAAGCUUGCUAAAGAGUUUGAUGGCGAGAAAAAUCCGCAAAAAAGUUUUCUCUUCGAUUUAAAUCGAUUGUUCCGUGCAAUUGUAGUAUUUAAAAUAUCAAAUCGAAAUGCUGUAGAAAAUAUCGUCACAAAAGCGUAUGGUGCAAGGCAGUUCACAGAAGAGGAUGUUGAAAAAUUUAUCAAAACUAUGGAACAGGAAUUGAUCGACUUCAAUAAGCAUAUUGCAUUUUCAAGAAACAAUGUUAAUAAAAUGGAGACAUUUUUGGAAAAAUGCUUAAUCAGUUUUGAAGGAUUAACAACUGUUGCAUCACUGCUGUUUAAUCAGCAAAUAUCACAACCGAUCUUAUGUGAUUUCUUGAAUAGUGUAGCUCUUUUUGUGGAGAAUUUGGAAGAACAGUAUUGCAUAGAUCAGAUGUUGAAUAUAUCAACAGAUUUGCGGCAAAUAUUCGGGAUAUUGUUAACAAUGGUGGAUAAUGUCCUAGCUUCAGCGUAUACUGUUUUCCACACUGUAAUUGGUACCCUUGCUUUAGUAGAUGAAUUAUAUAUUGUUAUUGUAAACUGCUUGCAAUACGAAAGGUUUACUUUUUACUACAGUAUUAUUUAUCCAAUCGAAGAGGUUCUUAAUCGAUUCGAUGAAGAACAGAAGAUAUAUAUAAAUACUAGUCUUGAACAUAUCAGAAGUAACUAUACCACGCAUAUUCUUGAACAACUGAAAAAGCGUGGUAUGCUUGUUGGCCUUGGAUCAUCGGCUAAUCAAGAAGUACAGGAUAAAAUCGAUUACCUGACCGAACUUUUGCCUCAUUUCUCGCCCCAGUUUAUUCAUUUAUGCUUGCGGCAUUUCGGUUAUCAAGCUGAACAAACUGCAAAUGCAUUGCUGAAUACUAAUGAAUUGCCACUAGAUCUGCAAGCCUUAAUGUCAGUGGAAUUAAAAGCGGAAAAUGCGCCUAUAAUUGCUGCUGGAUCUUCUCCCUUUUAUGAUUUCAUCGAUGAUGGAAUUUCCGGUCGUAAACCAAAAGCAAACGAAACCAAGCUACCAGACCCAUUAAUUUGCAUGAAACCACUACAGGUAUCCACCAAUAGGCAAGAGGUGGAAUCUCUUAGCAGUGCUCAGAGUAAUUCCGAAUCAAAAACAGGAAAUAACGUCCAGAGAGAUUUGAAAGUUGAAUUUGGUAUUGAAGCAUUUUUAAAGGGGAAAAAAAUGAAUGCACAAAUCAAGAAUAGACCGUUAUUCACUGAAACAUUCGAUGUGCCAGAUUCUGAAAAAGUUGCCCUCAGGCCAAACUAUGAGCGAUAUCGUUAUGUGGAAACAACAUCUCCGGAAUACAAUCUGUAUGAUGAUGAAUAUGAUGACACGUAUGAUAAUCAGUGCCAAAAUUAUGAUUUCGACUUCAGAGAUGAUGAUAUUGCGAUCGAAAAAACUAGAAUUGAAUUGAAUACGAAUCAUCUACCAGUAGACGGUGAAGUGAGUGAUAAUGCAGAAAAUGAAAAAAAAAAACUGGAGAAGAAAGUGCGAGAAAGAAAAAACACUUAAAAAAUGAUCGAAAAAUGAUGAUUGUUACCACACCAGAUGAAAAAACCUAUACAACACAAGCAGGACGGGUGGAGCACGCAUUAGGAAAUAGUCCUAACGAAUGGCGUAGAGCGGGAUAUACUGGCGGUCGGGAUCGACAAUUAAAAGAACGCCAUAAAGGUGAACUCAGACGACGACAAGCCGAUAAGAAAAUGCGUAGUGGGAUGUACUAAUUGCUUAAGAACUGUUAAUCGUUAUUUACAAUCUAGCAAUCAUUCUAAAAGUUAACUUUAUCAGUUAACUCUUGUCGUUAACAAUUCACGAUGUUGAUGUGUUUUGAAUCCUUAUAGUGCG